AGACCCACUCCCAUUUGUUCAGAGCUUCGCCAUAUUCAACAAUGGCUUCCCAAUAUGGUUUGAAGCUCACCGCCGUUGCCAUUCUCCUCCUCUCUUUCACACUGAUCUCUCUAGCCGCGAACGCAGAACUCGAAAGCGCGAGCAAAUGCGAAUCCGAAACCAAAGCCGGAUCGCCAUGCCAUAACCCAGGCGAAGCGAAAAAGCUCAAACUCAUCGCCAUCGCAUCGAUCCUGGCCGCCAGCCUGGUGGGUGUAUGCCUGCCGCUGUUCUCUCGGUCCGUUCCCGCGUUAAAACCCGACAGAGAUCUUUUCGUGAUCGUUAAAGCCUUGGCCUCGGGCGUUAUCUUGGCGACGGGUUACAUGCACGUGUUGCCGGACUCAUUCUCCGAUCUGAAUUCGGACUGUCUCCCCGAAGAUCCAUGGAAGAAGUUCCCUUUCACCACCUUCGUGGCUAUGCUUUCCGCCUUGCUCACGAUGAUGAUUGACUCUUACGCCAUGAGUGCGCACAGGAAGAGGAAUUCGUCUAUAUCCCAAAACGACGUGGAGAAAUCGGAUUGGACAAACGUCUCCAAGGACGAACACUCUCGGCUGUUGAGGCAUAGAGUCAUUGCUCAGGUGCUGGAGCUGGGGAUCGUAGUGCAUUCGGUCGUGAUCGGGCUGGCAAUGGGAGCUUCGGAAAAUCACUGCACCAUACGUUCCCUUGUCGCCGCGAUUUGCUUCCAUCAGCUCUUCGAAGGCAUGGGACUGGGCGGUUGCAUUCUUCAGGCGGAAUACGGAUCCAAGAUGAAAUACAUAAUGGUGUUCUUCUUCUCGGUGACGACACCGUUAGGGAUCGUGCUGGGGAUCGGACUAUCGAAGGUAUACAGCGAGACAAGCCCGACAGCAUUGAUAGUGGUCGGGGUCUUGAACGCGUGUUCGGCCGGCCUGUUGAACUACAUGGCCCUCGUCGAUCUUCUGGCCGCAGAGUUCAUGGGACCGAAACUCCAAGGGAACAUGAAGCUUCAAACUCUUUCUUACGUUGCUGUCCUUCUAGGGGCAGGAGGGAUGUCUUUGAUGGCUAAAUGGGCCUAAUUUAAUUGAUUAAUUCUCUCUCGAUCGAUGAAUGGGAAAAUCACUCAAAUGAUCCACUUGGAUCGCAUCUA